GCUGUGACAUCGCCAAAAACAGCCGAAAAGCCCUCGCAAGUAUUGGCCGAGUUGGUCGGCAGCUGCAAGGAGGAUUCUGCGACCCUCAUUUUCGACACCGCGACCCCCAACGAGCUGAAGGCUACCGUGCCUGCCACGAGAGCGCUCCCCGUGGACCUCUGCUUCCAGGCUCGUGGUGCAGAAGAGUUCUUGACGAAGACCUUGGAAGUGCCACGACGUGGCCACAUGCAGACGGAAGCCAUGUUGCUCGGCGCAAGCAUUGCACGCUUGGCUAUCCAGAAUGAAGCCGCGCCCUUGGAGUGGUCAGAUGCCGCUGCCGCACUGCAACGGGCGGAGCAGGCGCUGCACGGCUGCUCGAGAAGCUUGCAGCAACUCUACUGUCGUGAGAUGCCAGACUGGCUUCAAGAAUCUCCACCGAGCAGAUCAAAGCCGCGGUGUCGGACACUGUGCAACGAGGCAGUUGGUGACGUGGUCGAAGCAUGGCGGCUUCUGUCCUCUGAGAGCACCGUCACAGACCUCGGCGAGUACUUCACAAAUCAGUUCCUGUCUUUGAGCUGCUACGGUGCGCGGCUCGAGUUAGCCUCUUGA